AAUGGGGAACGGUUUUCUCUAUACUGUGAAUAGUGUAGCUAGAGAACAUAUAGCGGUAAUUCUAAACCUUCAUAACAAUCAUGACGUGAGGAAUGCGGUGCGCGCAUAUAUAUUCACUAUAUAGGAAAUAUUUACUUGGGUGACUUAACAAAACUAUCUGUUCAGAGAUCCAUUCACAAGACAGACAUGGAAGAAAGUUGGCCAGGACGCUGGAACCAUGUGAAGAAGUUCUUGGAGAGGACUGGACCAUUUGCACAUCCAGACUUUGAACCUAGCCCUGAGGUUCUUGAUUUCAUGCAGCAGAUGUGUAAACUGUUGGUCAUAGGUGCAGGUGGUCUUGGAUGUGAACUCCUGAAAGAUUUGGCAAUGCUAGGGUUUCAGAAUAUUCAUGUGAUUGAUAUGGACACUAUAGAUGUAUCAAAUCUCAACAGACAGUUUCUCUUCAGGCCUAAGGAUGUGGGGAAGUCGAAAGCUAAAGUUGCAGCAGAAUUUAUCAACACCAGAGUACCAGGCUGUAAUGUAACACCGUAUUUCUGCAAAAUUCAAGAUUUUGAUGAUUCAUUUUACAGAGAUUUUCACAUAAUAAUCUGUGGUUUAGACUCUAUACUUGCCAGAAGAUGGAUUAAUGGAAUGGUGGUGAGUUUAUUGCGGUAUGAGAACGGCCAGUUAGAUCAGUCCUCGGUGAUUCCUGUAGUUGACGGAGGAACAGAAGGGUUCAAAGGGAAUGCCCGUGUAAUCCUCCCAGGGAUGACGGCCUGUGUGGAGUGCACACUUGACCUCUACCCACCACAAAUAAAUUUCCCAUUGUGCACUAUUGCCCACACUCCAAGAUUACCAGAACAUUGCAUAGAAUAUGUGAGGAUUUUGUUGUGGCCUAAGGAGAAUCCAUUUGGGGAAGAUGUGUCAAUAGACGGUGAUGAUCCCAACCACAUUAAGUGGAUCCUUGAGAAGGCAAUGGAGAGAGCUCAGGCUUAUAACAUCACUGGAGUCACCUACAGGCUAACUCAAGGUGUUGUGAAAAGGAUUAUCCCAGCAGUGGCCUCAACUAAUGCUGUGAUAUCAGCCACAUGUGCUACAGAAGUUUUCAAAAUAGCAUCAAGCUGUGCUCUUCCACUAAACAACUACAUGAAUUUCAAUGAUGUUGAAGGAAUUUACACAUACACAUUUGAAGCAGAGAAAAAGGACAAUUGUCUAGUGUGCAGCCAAAUCCCUCAGACUCUGUCAUUCUCAGACACAGCAAAGUUACAAGACAUCAUUAAUUACCUGGUGGAGUCUGCCUCGUAUCAGAUGAAAUCUCCAGGCAUUGCAACUACUGUUAAUGGAAGGAACAAAACUCUGUAUAUGCAAACAGUGAAAUCCAUCGAAGAAAGGACCAGAGAAAACUUAAAGAAGACCCUGAAUGAAUUGGGCCUGGUGGAUGGACAGGAGCUGUAUGUGGCAGAUGCAUCAACCCCGUCCACAGUAACAUUUAAGUUACAGCUGGGAACAGAAAUGGAGAAAUAACACAACUGCACCAUAGAUGUGAUUCAUCCUUGUGACAUUCAUAGUGCUUACUAAAUGACUGAAAUAAUGUGAUAAAUUUUAUUAAACAGCAAACAUUGCAGACUUUGCCUUGAAAAGAGUGAAUGAGGAUGUUUUUGUGUGAGAAAAGAAAUGCACCUUCCCAAGGCUUCCAGUUCAAAAGUGUGUACUGUCUGUGCAUGCUGUUUUUCAGUAAAUCAUAGCUGAAUAAGCUGAAGGAUAAGCCUUCAUAGCCAUCUACUUAUUAGAGAAAUACAAUGUAACUUUGGAUGUAAACCUAAAUUUACAGUAACUAUGUAGAUGUACAUAAUGUAUAUAUAUUUACAGCGAAGGAUUUUUGUAUGAAUAUGUACAUGUUCUGGUUUUAAGGUGUCCACACAUGGCUCUGGUUUGACCCCCCCCCCCCCCCCCAAAUUUUUUUUCUUUAAUAACAACCUGGUACAUUUACUAGUGGUGUUAUGUUGCAUAAUGGUCAUGGAUUAAGCUAAACAUUCAAGAAAACCAUUUGCUCUCCACCAGUGGGUAUCUCAGUAUAUAUUCUCAGUAACAGACAUACAGCCUUACACCAGCCACGCCAGUUUCCUCCAUCCGUAAAACUCUUCACCGUUGUGUACAUGUAGGUGUGUGUAUAAGUGUACAUGUAAGUGUACAUAUAAGUGUACAUGUAAGUGUACGUAUAAGUGUACAUGUAAGUGAAAGCCUCUUGAGUAUGUGAACAAAUGUGAACAUCUUCAACUGAAGUACUUUAUUAAAGUUCAUUCAUUCCAUUGUAUUCAUUAAAUUUCUUAUAUUCUGUGUGUGCGAUUAAUUUAUAGUCACCAAGGUAAUAUUACAGAUUUAAAUUUUGCACCUUUGAUUCUUACCAGUAAUAAAUGGAGUUUCCACAAUGCUACAGGUACUCUUCUAAAGAUCUAGUGAAUGAAUCCAAACUAACAUUGUUCAUGUAGAUGGACCGAGACUGGUUGGUCUCUUAUUGUAAGGUCAGCAAGUGUGGUAAUGUGAUCUUGGGCAAGUAUGUUGUAUACCUGUCUUGUAAUAAGGUUAAUGCACUCAUGGUUUGUGAAAUGCGUAGAUCCAUUCCACUCUAGUGUCCACCAGAACUAUUUAAACAUGAAGGAUGGAGGAGUAUGGACGGCAGUUGGGUAGUGGGCCUGUUUUCUUAUUGACCCGUUUAACAUCUUGUUGCUGUAAUGAAGGCACACAAUGAUGUAAGUGCUGUGCAAGAAGUCUACCCUUAUUAAACUUUUUACAUGUAAAGAAGUGAACAAAAAUACUAUAA